AUGUCGAGCUCCGGCUCGGGCACAGGAGAUAUCUCCGUCUCUCAGCGUAUGAUCUCGGCCACAUGGGGCAGCGUACUGACCACGCUCUUGGUCAAUCCACUCGACGUAGUCCGUAUACGUCUCCAGUCUCAGGCGACUCCUGCGCCAGCGUCUCUAUCUAAAUACCAUGCUUACGGCACCUCAUUCAGAUCAUUACCGUCGGACUUGGGAGUCACAGCAUGCUGCCGCGAAGUGUUCUGGGUUGGAGAUAGCGGCCAUUUCUGCCUUGCUGGUAAUGGACAUGGACCUCCACCUGCAGGCGCCGUCCCAGCAGAUUGCGCAAUCGAAGAGACUGAGAGAAAGACUUUCAGAUCUACAUUCGAUGCGAUGAAGAAAAUAUCUCGGAACGAAGGCCCCACAACCUUAUGGCGCGGCCUCACCCCAACUCUGGCUAUGGCCAUACCCGCCAAUGUUAUAUAUUUUACUGGAUACGAUUGGCUACGGUUCAACGAAGCGAGUCCGAUCAGAAAGGUCGCCAGCGACACGUACGCACCGUUGGUAGCAGGCUCGAUGGCCAGAGUACUGGCUGGAAUUGCCGUGUCUCCCUUGGAAAUGUUCCGCACGAGAAUGCAGGCUACUCCCGGAGGGACAACAGGCGUUUUCAAAGAGACACUGCUUGGGCUCCAUCGCAUGACGCAAAGUCAGGGCUAUACUUCUCUCUGGCGUGGCCUCACCCUGACCAUGUGGCGAGAUGUGCCAUUCUCGGCUUUCUACUGGUGGGGUUAUGAAGCAUCCAAGAAUGCCAUUAAGAACGUUCGACAUGGACACUCAAUAUCUCAGAACGGAUCGUUCACGAGCAGCAAUCAGCCGUGGACCCCGGAGACCGACUCGUCCACAUUCUUCGACAGCUUCGCCGCUGGUGCACUCUCAGGCGGUAUAGCAGCUUUCGUCACUACUCCUUUCGAUGUCGGAAAGACUCGGCAGCAGACAUACCGACAUGCAGGUGACGACUCACCGUCAGUGCAAGCCGCAAAAGAGGCGGCGAAAAAGGGCAAGGUGGUUGCAGAGGAACUGUCCAUGCCCAGAUUCAUGUAUCAUAUCUACAAGGAAGAAGGUGCGGCGGGCGUCUUCAAGGGUUGGAUUCCACGGGUUCUAAAGGUCGCUCCGGCCUGUGCCAUUAUGAUCAGCAGCUAUGAGAUCGGUAAGAGGUGGGCGCGGGCGAGCAAUGACCGCAAGAACGAGAAGGCGGCUGUCUGA